UCUAUCGCACGGAUAGGGUGUGUGCGUGUGCGUAUGUGUAACAUCGCGAGUUAAACGUUGUGUAACGUUCGAGAGAAUAAUAGUAUAAAUGCAAAGAUGGCGAUGGCAACCAAUUUUGUUACUCUGGGUGAACAAAAUUCGCUUCGCCCUCCCCACAUUGGAACUGGUGAAAGCAUUCUACCCAGAAGCAACAUCGGUGGGAGAGAAAACCUACCGAAAUAUAAAAUUGAGGCUUCUCGACUGGAACCUCUGUAGAGCAUUGAUCAUGAGCCCACGGCAGGUAGCGUGUCAGUUACGAGGAUCUAUGGCUCAAGCGGAGCUCUUUAAUAAGGCGGUGGAACCACUUAAACAUACUAUGCGUUCCAGAGAGCUGACGUCGGAGGCCCUUUCAACGGACGGGGAGUCUAAUUAUACGUCCCGAAGUAAAAGGAGACGGUGUCAAUCGUCCAGCUCAGACGACGAGUACCCGGUCAGAACCGAGAAACCAAUGAAGAGGAGGCGGCGAGUAUUGUCUUCGAGCUCGGAGGAGGAUGUCAAUGAGACAAGGCUACGCCGCGUGGAAAGCAUGGUCGAGAAUCUUUACCACUUGGUCUCAGGAAAUAAAGAGAACGAUGGCAGCGUCAUGAAUUCGACGUGGCAAGCUCCAACUCCUACAGGUGAAGAGCUGUAUGACGCCGACAGUAUUGGCACAUGUGGCAGCGUAAACGACUGCGACACGUUUUCCCCUGUCACUAGGGAAAUCGAGCCUACAGUCCCUAGGGCGGACCCAGUAAUCGAGACACAGGGCAUGAAAUGCCAGCGUUUCGGGGAAGAGACAUGGAACAAGAUUCGUUACGUGGACGCUCAGAAAAAACUCCACGCAUCACCAGUCUUCAGUACUCUGAAGGUUAACUCAUCCUUGUAUAACAAUGGACAUGCAAGCCCAAUGACAGAUAUGUUAUCCAAAAGUGACCUGGCCUUCGGGACUAUCUCACACGGUCUACUGAAGCAACGGAGAAUCAUACAUGAGGCUCUGAAGGAGGCGGGGAACAAACACCCGGAAGCGGCAGACACUUUGAAAAAAAAAAAAAAGUUUUUGCUGCUAACAGUGAAUACAAGACCAUGUCGGACGACCUGCUGCAGUUCGUUUGCGGAAAAAGGGCGGAAAUCAUCGAAAGUCGCAGGAAACUAUACGAGCCUAAAAGUAGUUACUAUAGGUCCAUCGUCAAUGAGAUUCCUCCGUCAGGUACGCACUUGUGGGAUGAAGAGCAGCUGA